GGCUUACAGCGCGCAUAUUUAUACCAGCAGAUGACAAAACAGAAGAAGCAGACGCCUGUGAACAGAGACUGAGGCAAGACAGGAAGAACACAGAUAAUCAUUGCAAAGGAGCUGAAGGAACACCAAAGAGAAAAAAAAGGUAUUUCCAAGACCUUCUAUGGAUCCCCGACGAAGGCCUUGGGAGGAGCCUCAGGCUAAUUAUAAUCGACAACAUGAUAGAAACAGGGCAGGACCAAGGCCAGCAAGGGAUCUCCUCAAUGCCCCAAGGCAAGAUCAACAGCUACUUAGAAAUGAAGGUGGUAGACAGAUAGGAGAACAUGGACAGCAUGAGCAUAGGCCUAGAGGAAGAAAUGCACAGCAAGUUGGAGGGCAUCGUGAUCCAAGACUUGGUGGAAGGAAUGAACGUGGGGCUGAGAGACAACACGAACAAAGGGAUGGUGGACCUCAUGAGCACAGGGGUGGAAGGCGAAAUGAACAGCAAGGACGUGGUCGAAAUGAACGCGGUGCUAGAGGACAAAAUGAGCAAAGAGGUGGUGAACAGCGUGCCUAUGGUGCUGGUGGACACAAUGAACAGCGUGGUAGAGGACGUCAAGGGCAUGAACCAGGAAUCCGAAAUGAACAAAGAGCUGGAGACGGGCACGGUUAUAACAGAGGAAGGGAAAAUCAUAGACCACAACCAGAAGAGCAACACUGGGACAGAGAGAACGGAAGGGGACAACAAGUACGACGCCUGGGAUACAAAACUCUUCAAGAACUGUUAGAAAGGGAACCUUCAGAAGUGGCAAUAACUCUAGCUGCCCAUCCUGGCCUAAAGGAUUUGCUGUCAGCCACUGAAAUGAGGCCAGAUUGGGUGGAAUUGCUGUGUAGGGCUCUGUGCAGGGCCUGCACUGCUAGGCUGGAGAGGCAGAGCAUUCAGCAUCUCCUUCAGCUGGUCAAAUCAUCACAGUAUAUUCGUAUGUGCCUCCCACAAUAUGUAGUGGGAAUGAUGACAGAACCUGUGCCUGAGAAAAGGCAGCGCUAUCCCGAUAACAUUCACAAUAUUCUAAGUCUUCUGCAAGAAAUUAUCAGCAUCUUUCCUGCCAGUAGCAUACAAGAGGCUUCAAUGUUGGUGACUGUCAUUCCUAACUCAAUUAAUAGUUUACGUGCUUCUGGAAUAGUAAUGGGAGAUCAUAUAGAGCAGACUCUAGAAAGGGUAUCAAAUUGUAUUCAGCACCUGCAAGACAGGAGAAGAGAAGGAACACUCCGGGUGGACACACACAUGGUCAUUGGACCAGAAGUUCCUGUUGAUGAUUUCAGAACAAUGAGUGUGUACCCUAGUUUUGAAGAAAUUCAUCUGGGUGAAAAUCCAUUUCUUAGACCAAAUAAUUUAAAAUACAAAUUUGAAAACAUAGACCUUUACUUGGACACCCACUUUCGACUCUUGAGGGAAGACUUUGUUCGGCCAUUAAGGAAAGGGAUCCAAGAGAUCCUUCAACUUGAUGAUGGAGGCAUUCGUAAAAUGAGGUUUGAUGAUAUUCGUAUUUACUUCGACACACGCAUAUUUACUCCUAUGUGCACAUCAUCAGGGAUUAUAUACAAAGUCAAGUUUGACGUCACACCUUUAAAGAGGGUGCGCUGGCAGAACUCCAAAAGACUGUUGUAUGGAUCUCUAGUUAUCCUGUCCCAGGACAAUUUUGAAUCCUUCCUCUUUGCCACAGUUUUUAAUCAUGAUCCCAAAGAGUUGGAAAAAGGUGAGGUGCAACUGCAGUUCUGUGAGCAGAGUAGAGAGCUUCUGGCAAAAACACGUCCAAAUGAUUCCUUUGUUAUGGUGGAGACUACUGCCUACUUUGAGGCUUACCGGCAUGUAUUGGAGGGCUUGAAAGAGAUGAAUGCACAGGAUGUGCCCUUCCAGAAAUACAUUGUAUUAUGUGAAAAUGAUGUGAGGGCACCACGUUAUCUCAAUGCGGGUAUCCGUUAUGAUCUUAGCUGUAUGGUGAGCAAGGAGAAAAAGGCUAUCCCAGCUUUAUGGAACAAAAUCAAUAUCCUGAAUCCCUUGGAAUGGCCUUCCAAAGAGUCCUUAGGCUUUGAUGAAUCCCAGAUAGAGGCUGUACGGCUGGCACUUACUAAGGAGCUUGCUAUUAUUCAAGGACCUCCAGGCACAGGCAAGACAUACAUUGGACUGAAGAUCGCUCAAGCUCUGCUCAUGAACACUGAUGUAUGGCAAUUAGAGAGACGCCCCAAUCCAAUUCUUGUGGUUUGCUACACUAAUCAUGCAUUAGAUCAGUUUCUGGAAGGAAUUCACCAGUUCUUGGCGGAGGGUAUUGUACGCGUUGGAGGACGCAGCAGCAGUGAAGUUUUAAAGCAGUUUAAUGUCAGAGAACUGAGACAAAGUGCUCGCAGAAACUGCCCAGUCCACAUACGCAGGGCAUGUGGAGAUGUCCUACAAGAGAUGAAGGUAGCAGAACAGAAACUGCAUGAAGGUGGACAGCUUUUGCAAUGCACAACAGCUGGUGUCAUUCAUGAGAAGUUCCUACAGAAAUACAUCAACGAGGACCACUGGGCUAGUUUACAUAGCGUGAUGGAUAACGAUGACUUCUACACUCCUGUGAAAGCAACAAAGUCAAUAAUUGUUGAAUGGCUUGGGCUUGGAUCGUCAUAUUUUAUUCAGAGAGCAGAUCCGGCUAGAGCAGCUCACCAGCUAGAACUUGAGGAGGUGGAUGUAGAGGAACCAGAAGAAGAGAAGUUGGUGGACAUUCAAGAAGAGGCAGACAUAAUCCAGGAUGAGCGCAUGCUUGAUGAUGAAGAUGAAGAGGAAGCAGCAAGGAACAGAAAAAGGAAAGCCAAGAUGGAGUACAAUGAAAUUGCAGACCUUCUGCUCGCAAUGUCACUGAAAAACGACAACUCACAAGAGCCACAGGAAACAGAGGGGGAGUGGGAGAUGACAGCACAACAGAAAAAGAAGAGAAAGCAAAGGAUGAAGGUUGAACUGAGGAAAACGGACGCGUUGACAGAUGCUGUGGUUGACCAGAUUGAAAACGUGUGGCACCUGGACUUGAAUGCACGAUGGAGACUGUACAGGUACUGGAUACUGCGCUACCAGCAGGAUAUCCGUGUAAAAAUGUUGGUUCAUGAAGAGAAUUACCAAAAGCUAGCUGAUCGUUUAUCAGAACUUAGACAAAGACAAGACUUGCAGAUCCUUCAGCAAGCUAAAGUCAUUGGAAUGACAACCACAGGCGCUGCCAAAUACAGGCGAAUCCUCCAGGAAGUACAGGCACGGAUUGUCAUAGUUGAAGAGGCAGCAGAAGUCUUGGAAGCCCAUACCAUAACCACACUCAGUUCAGCUUGUCAGCACCUCAUUCUCAUUGGAGACCAUCAACAGCUGAGGCCAAGUGCAAAUGUUUAUGAUUUGGCCAAGAACUUUAACCUUGAAGUGUCGCUGUUUGAACGUCUCAUAGAGUCACAACUGCCAUUUGUGCGUCUAAACUACCAGCAUCGCAUGAGGCCUGAUAUAGCUCGAUUAUUGACUCCUCACAUCUACUCAGAGCUGGAAAACCACCCAUCUGUACUGGAGUAUGAAAAUAUCAAGGGGGUGUCAUCCAACCUCUUCUUUGUGAAACACAGUUACCUGGAGCAAGAGAUUAAAGAUGGGAAGAGUCACGAGAACAUUCAUGAAGCUCAGUUUGUGGUGGAACUCUGCAAGUACUUCAUGAAUCAAGAGUACAAGCCGUCUCAGAUCACCAUCCUCACCACUUACACGGGGCAGCUUUUCUGUCUCCGCAAACUUAUGCCGGAAAAAACGUUCUCUGGUGUUAAAGUUCAUGUUGUGGACAAGUACCAGGGGGAGGAGAAUGACAUUGUUCUGCUCUCACUGGUCCGCAGCAACAAAGAAAGAAAAGUGGGUUUCCUUAAGAUUGCCAACCGCAUAUGUGUGGCGCUAUCUAGGGCCAAGAAAGGACUGUACUGUAUUGGCAACAUGGAUAUGCUGAGUAGUGUGCAUCUCUGGAGCCUUAUUCUUGGUACUCUGCAACAGAAGGGUCAGGUAGGAGACCACCUUAUGCUCUACUGUCAGAAUCACCCCGAGACACGUAAUCUUGUAAGCUGUGCCAAGGAUUUUAAGUCUGUACCAGAAGGCGGCUGCAACAAAAAAUGUGAAUUCCGUCUGGACUGUGGACAUGUGUGCACACGUGUGUGCCAUCCAUAUGACCAAGAGCACAAAGAAUACCAAUGCAAUAAGGACUGCCAGAAAGUGUUAUGUAAGGAAGAGCAUAAAUGCAAAAGAAAAUGUUUUGAACCCUGUGGAGAAUGCAUGGUGGAAAUGGAGAAGGUGAUACCAUCGUGCGGCCAUCUGCAGAUGGUGCCAUGUAGCGUCUCUGAAAAUAAGUUCAGAUGCACUAUGCCUUGUGAAAAGACCUUAGCGUGUGGACAUCAAUGUCUGAAGUCUUGUGGAGAUGCUUGUGAAGUGCGUUGUCCAAAAGAAGUAAGUGCACAGCUAAAAUGUGGUCAUACUCAACAGAUUAAGUGCUGGCAGAAGAGAGACCUAGAAUAUGGCAUGCCAGUGAAAUGUAGAAAUCCUUGCAACGCAACAUUAAGCUGUGGUCACCAGUGCGGUGGUACUUGUGACACUUGUUUACAAGGAAGAUUUCAUAUGGGUUGCAGACAUCCCUGCAAGGCUGUUUUAGUUUGCUCACAUGAAUGUCGAGAACCGUGCACAAGGGACUGUCCUCCUUGUAGCAGACCAUGCCAGAACCGGUGUAUCCAUAGCCAGUGUAAAAAGAAAUGUGGAGAGCGCUGUGCGCCUUGCAGGGAGCCCUGUUAUUGGAGCUGUCAGCACUAUAGAUGUACUCGGCUAUGUUCUGAACCCUGUGACCGCCCUCCAUGCGAUGCCCCUUGUGACAAGCAGCUUCGCUGUAAACACCCAUGCAUCGGUUUGUGUGGGGAGCCCUGCCCUGAAAAGUGUCGAAUAUGCAAUACAGAUGAAGUCACUGAAAUAUUCUUUGGAUUUGAAGACGAUGACGAUGCAUGUUUUGUACAGCUAGAGGACUGCAGACACAUUCUUGAGUCUUCAGGUAUGGAUACUUACAUGAAAGUACAGAGCGACCCUGAAGAGGGAAUUGCAAUUAAACUAAAAGAGUGCCCGAAAUGUAAAACUCCCAUAAGGAAAAACUUGAGAUAUGGGACUAUAAUAAACAAAACUCUAAAUGAGAUUGAGAAAGUGAAAGAACGAAUACUUGGGCCAGACUCUGAGAGAAACGAAACCAGUAUUAGACUCGGAGCAAGUCUACAGCAGUUGGUGGAUGUAAGAAGAAGCUUUCCUGAAGAAUAUAAAGGAUUACAAGAGAAACUGGACAAUCCACGCACACAAAUUAGGACUUUGCUUAACCUGGAAAAUAUGAUGCGGUUCUAUGAAAGGCUAGCAAAACUUACUAAUAACAUUAGUAAGGUUGAGGUGGAAGAGGAGUACGAGUUAGAGAAUCGUUUACAGCAGAUUAAGAAAUGGCUGGAGAAGCCCCGUUCAUUCCUCUCAGAGCAAGAGUUAUCUGAUCUGCAGACCGAACUGGCACGCUUCACUUACCUUCUUCAACUCCUUGUAAAAUGUAAAGAAGCCAAGGUGAGGAUCACACCAAACCUCCAAAAGGAGAUACAUUUCCUAAGGGAUAUAUUAGAAAGCAAUAAACAAUUUACAAAAGAGAAUGAAACCUUGGUGAAGACAAAAUUAAAGGAGCUGGAUAAAAGUCUUCCAAAUACAGGACUCGGGAUAACAGAUGAUGAACGUGUGUCGAUUGUGCAGGCCAUGGGUCUUUCCAAAGGACAUUGGUUUAAAUGUCCUAACAACCAUAUAUAUUGUAUCACAGAAUGUGGUGGAGCAAUGGAGCAGUCCCAAUGUCCAGAAUGCAAAGAAGGGAUUGGUGGAACAAGCCACUCGCUUCUAUCAACGAACAGGCUGGCUUCUGAAAUGGAUGGCGCACAACAUUCAGCUUGGUCAGAGGUGGCAAACAAUAUGAUGAAUUUCCGGGACCUUUUAGACUUUUAGACCUUUUAGCCCCCUAAGGUAGGGUGACCAAACAUCCCUGGUUUCCGGGGACAGUCCCCGGACCAAGUCUGUCCCCGGAUUGGAUUUGU